AUGUCAGCAAAUAAUCUAUUCAAGCCUCUCAAUGUUGGCAAAAUUCAAGUCGCUAACCGCAUCAUAAUGGCUCCACUCACACGUGUGCGGGCCAAUAUAUCAAAUGCUGUACCGACCGACAUCAUGACGACAUAUUACCAACAACGUGCAUCUGUUCCUGGAACCCUUCUCAUAACAGAAGCCACUUUCAUUACAGAAAGAGCAGGUGGGUAUCCUGGUGUUCCUGGGAUUUGGUCGAAAGAACAAGUGUCUGCAUGGAAAAAUGUGACGCGCGCAAUCCAUAAACAAAAAUCAUUUGUGUUUCAGCAAUUGUGGGCAUUAGGCCGCGUUGCCGGGCCCGAUACCCUCCAUGCCCUUGGCUAUGAUUUAGUUUCUGCAUCAUCAGUUCCGGAUGAGACCAAGAGAGGCCAGUCUUUAGCGCCGCAAGAUGUGUUUGGAUCAGCGCCACGCCCAUUGAAAAUUGAAGAAAUUAAAGAAUAUGUCAAGGAUUAUGUUCAUGCAGCCAAAAACGCAAUUGAAGCUGGGUUUGAUGGGGUUGAGAUUCAUUCGGCCAACGGGUAUUUGUUGCAACAAUUUUUGGACGAGCAUUCUAAUUUGCGCACUGACGAGUAUGGCGGAAGCGUAGAAAAUCGAGCCCGAUUUGUGCUGGAGGUUGUUGACGCCAUUGUAAAAACAAUUGGAGCAGAACGUGUGGGAAUUCGAUUGUCUCCAUAUGUGGAUAAUGGAGGCAUGAAACAUGGUCCUGGAACUCUUGAGCAGUAUGCGUAUCUUCUUAAAGAGCUUGAAAUUCGGGGGCUCAAACCUGGUGGCCGCUUGGCGUAUAUCCACACUGUUGAGAACACUUUUGAAGCUAAGAAUUCUAUAGGAGAGCCUAUUAUUAUUAGACGACCCUUGGAAUUUGUACGCAAUGUGUGGUCAGGUGUUUGGAUCCGUACACAAAAGUUUGAUCGAAAGCUUGCCUUGGAGUUUGUAGAUGUUGAUGACAAGCUACUGAUUGGAUUUGGCAAACCGUUCAUUGCCAACCCAGAUUUGGUACAUCGGUUCAAGGAAGACUUACCGUUGAAUGAUUUUGAUUUUAAAACGUUUUACGCUAAUGGUCCUAAGGGAUACAUUGAUUAUCCAUUUUAUAACUAA